AUGUCCUAUGAACCGCCAAUUCUUUCAAGAAAACUCGGCUACGGCGAUGCAAAGGCUCCCGAAAGUGUAACUAAAUCACAUUCACGUCUAAGUCAAGGAGAGAAGCCAGGCAUGUAUAAUGCAUAUUUGCAGUUCGUAAACAGUCUAAAACCUGAGAUUUCAAGAAUCCAUCGAGUAAUUCUCGAAGGUUUUAUACUAAAGUUUUUUCUUCAUGUUGUUAGUGAAUGGUUUAUCGAGAUCAUUGCAUCAACAAAGUGGCCAAGUUCAGCGACAAGAUUUCAAACUUCUCAUAGAUCCCGCCUUGAAGAAAGGACAUGUUAAAAUCUACAGAUACAACGGUGUUUUUGAAGGGGUAAGGCAGUAAUCUUUGGAUGAAACAAGACAAAUUUUCCGCCGAAAUGUUACUAAAACUUUUUUAAACUUGUCAAUUGUACGUGUACGUUUCCUUUCCAGCAACCACCGGUUGUCCCAAAGGACCCGCGUUCCAGGCGAACGAGGAUAUGGAGUCUUAACAAAGCAGACUUACCAGUUCCUAACUUUAAGGUUUGUAUUUCUUAUUUCGAUUUAAUUUAAAAACCAACAACAACGCGUUGAUUGUUUUAAAAUGCAAUUGCAAUCGAAUUAUUAUUAAACACUCGAAUUGUAGAUUUAUAAUCAUGUACAUUUCUCAGCCAAUUAAGGGGGAUUUCCAGCAUAUAAUCUAACUUUUGUUUGGUGAUUCCCUCUGUCACAGGUCGACAAGUGGUAUGUAGGAAUUCCUCCACAACGCGAAGUUCAUUUCUCGGGAUUGAACGACAAUGUGGACAAGAAAUUUCUUGAAGAAAUGUGCGAACGUUAUGGGCGAAUCGAUGCCAUCAAAAUUUACUACGACCCCCAAACAAAAAAGCAUACUGGAAAGGGACGAGUGACUUAUGCUACCACUGCGGCUGCUAAAUUGGCAGUUUCAAAACUCGAUCACACUUCUGUCAUGGGAAACAUAAUAAAAGCAUACAUCGAAACCAACGCCAAAGGUGAGUAACUAAAUAUACUUAGUUUAUCGUAAAUCAAUAAACGGGAUAGAUUUUUACAAAAAUUCUUCUAGACGGUCGACUUUAUUAUGUUUUAUUUAGCACAUGGUAUGGCACGUUGACAGUCUAUAUUUGACGUUCCCGCUUGUUGUUUAUUAAUUAACAACUUCACGUUUUUACCAAUCAAAACCAUUUAUUAUCUUCUCAGAUUUCGUUUUGUGUUAUACAUGUCAACAAAAUGUUUUUCCAAAGGAGAGAUCUAGCAAACUGAGUUUUGGGGAGGUUUGUGUUUGUUGUGGUAAAAUGUUAUUGUGAGUUAUUGAUUUUCUUCUGUUUGAUGCCCAGUGUCACGCAUGAUUGUAAAGCAAAACAUGAAAUUGAACCACAGCCUGUAAAAUGUUUUCCCAUCAUUACAGUGAAACCAAGAUUGUGUCAGAAAACGUUUUGUAGGUGAAUGAAUGAGAAAAGAUAAAUGUUAGACAAACAAAGGUUGACAAACUUGAUUUUCUGUGUGAAGCCAGUUAAAUUUUUUGGCUCAUUUCUGAAACACACUUAACUUAUGACCAAAAGGUAAAUUUAUUUUACAUUCUCAUAAACUUACAUUUUAAGUUUUUAAUAAUUUAUAUCAUUAUCAGUAUUGUUUUUAUUAGAGAACUCAGAUUUUUCCUAUUCAUUGUUAAUGUAUGUGACUGUUACUGAAAGUGAAACAAAUUUCUUGUAUAAUUUGUAACAGUUCUUUAGAAAUUAAAGGUGAUUUAUAAAUUUGUCAAAUUUUUCUUUUCUCAUGAAUUUAAUUCAAUGUCUGAAGUAAUUUUUGAUUUAAUGAGUAGAGAAGUAUGGAGUACGUUACUUAUCUUGUUACAGUUCCUUGUUUGACUUUACGUAAGCUCAUUCACUUUAGUGCCGUAGUAAAGUCAAGCCUCCAUUAAGCGACCACAUAUUAAGCUGUCACCCACUAUUAUCUAGCCAGUAAUCAAAGUCCUGAAAUAAUUGUAGAAAAGAAUUGCGAAUUAAACCCCUAUUAAUUAAGCAGACUCCUGUAUCAAGUGUGGGCAUCCCAACGAGAGUUCUCCUUUUAUUGUCACAGCCAGCAAAUCAAAAGCAGCCACCAAAAGCUUGAAACACAUAGUUUGGCUUUAUUUUAAAAAUAUGAUAAGGAAAAAAUUAUGAAGUCCUAGAUAGAAUAAUGGUUGAUUUUGGACCAGUAAUGUCACUCUCUCAUGUUUGUUUCAAGAUAAAGUGAUGUUUCUGCCAAAAAAAUAGGUAAAUUGAUGACAAACCUCUAUUGAGCAGCCAACCUCUAUUAAGAACAUUAUUGUGUUUGUCAGAACACAUCCUAAUCUUGGUUUUCCUGUGAUACAAAGCCACAAAUUUUUAAGAUAUGGGGGGCGACUGCUGAUCAGCUGCCCCCACUGAUUUUAUCAUGGGCAUCUCAGCCGGGAAACUGGACUCCUUUGGACUCAAUUUGGUAUCCACAAGUGACGAAUGCAGGUCCUUAAUCAAUGAUUACCUCUAGCAGUGUGAUGAUUGAAUUUUUUAUGACCAUUUUAUUUUAGAUAUCCCUUAUAAUUUCUUUUAAUUCUUGAUAUUUAGCACAUGAAGUUCAUGGCAAAACUCGUGGUUUAGAGUCUUCCACAACAAGGCGGAACUCAGGCCAUGAGAUGCCCCCCUCUGUCUUGCCAUCAAGCCAGUUACCCACACCAUCCCCUUCAAUCAUGUCACAGUCAUCGUCAACAGAUAGCUCAGUGUUAUCGCCUUCACUGUUGCUAAUGAAAAGUCCUGCCUCAUCAGUUUGCCUACCGGCUGACAUAUGGGGAACAUCAUUGAGUGGCCCAUGGGAUAAGUCUGCUGUUAGUAACGUCAACAAGCUGUCUCAGAGUGUUCCUGCCUACAUGUCCCCUCAAAGUGUGUCAUCUGGACAAUCAACAUUUGAGCCUGUUUCGCCUCCACAUAGCUUCCUGAAGAACAAUGAACCUCCACCACCACCCCCACCGACGUCCAAACCACCAUUACCACCAGCCAACAAGGAGCCCCCACCUCCACCCCCUAAAGAUAUUCCUGCUCCACCAUCAUCUUGUUUCAAGUAUGAAGACAUCUCUCCUGACCCUGUCUUCUCUCCUGGAGAGGAAGACAAGUCAGGGUUAGCUAAGAAAGGAAAGGAGGAAUUGAACACAAGAAUCACUAAGAAUAUUGACUCUCGCAGCAGGAGUUCUGUGCACAGUUCCUCCCCUCCUAGAAAAGCCCGCUCCCCCCGCAUUGACAGAAGUGAAAGUUAUUCAAAAUGGGCAGGAAAGAAACAAGUUGAGCGGGAAGAGAAGUAUCGUGAUAAAUACAGGGAGUCUGAUCGCGGUUGUGAGAGAGAUCGCAGUUUUAAGGACAAUCAAAGGCUUGAAAGACAUGGUGACUACAGACAUAAAAGAGAUGGGUACUUUGAUAGAAGGGAUGAUUACAGACAGUCCGAUUAUGACAGGAACAGAUCUGGUCGCUGGGAAAAAGAUGACACUAAAUACAGGAGAGAUAGGUACAGUACCAGUCCCAGAAGGUCAGAUGAGUACAGAAGGUCUGAUGUUAAAGAUCUGCGAAAUAGAGAUCCAAGGCUACGAGAUAAAGAUAGUGAAAGCAGUAGAGGAAGAGAGUUGCAUGGUGAUAAUGAAAGAGAUAAAGAAGAACGCGGUGAAGAUGGGUACACAAGGGAUCCACGCUUAAAAGGACGGAAUCUAGAUCUCUCAGAAACUCACAAACAUGGCAACAAAAUAAAGGAGAAGGAAGUUAAAAGAGGGAGUUUAGAAACAAAAGAUGGUGUUAACAAAUCUCAAAGAGAUCUGGAAAAUAUAAGUGACAAUUCAGAUAGUUUCGUGGAAAAAGAUUUCUCAAAACUGCAGGAUCCCCGGUUGCGUGAAAAAGAUGAUGAGCCAAAGGGCAUUUAUUACAGUCAUCAGACUUCAACUCUUAAAAGUAAGAGCACAAUUGAGCAGCAAGAAGAAAAUCAUGAAGCAAAGGAUAAAGAUCAAGAGUGUGUAUUAGAGUCAGUAGAAACAGAGUCUACAUCAAAACCUGUUAGCGCAGAAGAGAUAAUUUCUUCUGUUGUCGCUGGUACUCCAUUGAAUGAAACAACAGGGGGAAGUGGAUAUUCAGAGGAUGCUUACAUUCUUGGGGUGGAGACUUGUUCGGAUGAAGAGGAGCCUUUGCCUCCAGGUGAUGAACGGGAUGUUGCUCAUGAGGUGCAGCUGGAUAUUGCAAGAAAUAAAAUCAAAGCUGCACAGAAUGCAGUGAAAAAACGCAAGCUUUCAGAGACUGCAUUUCAGGAUGAAAAGAAGAACGGUGGAUCUAAAUCUAAGAAGAUCCAAAUUGUUCUAAAAAGCGUCCAGCUUAAUUCAGUGGAAAAUGAGCAGACUGCUUCAUCAAAUGUAGAUGAUUCCACAAAGGAUGCAGAAUCUACAGGUGGCUGGAGCUCUGUUUCACCUGAUGUUGCCGCAGAUGUGUCUGUUUCAUCAGAAGCUGAGGACAGCUCAUCAAGAUUAAACCUUCCACUUACUGAGGAUAUUUCUCCCUGCAAUUCACCAACUAUUGAGACAACAACCCACACUGAAUGUGAAACCUCAGCAACUUCUCAAGACCCAGCUCCCAUUGAGCUGUAUUCUGACAUUGAAGCAAAUGAAGAUGAAAACUGUGUUGGUGAUGUGAACAAUGAUGAUAAUGAUGAUGCCAUGUCGCUAUCGUCAAUCAGCUCAAAUGAAGACACUUUAGAAGUGACUGAACUUGACAGCAAACCUUCUGAAAGUUCAAAGGGAAUCUCUGUACCACCUCCAAAUGUUGUGUUCCCACCAUAUCCACCACCAAUUUUCAAUCCCAAUAUUCCACCCCCUCCAUUCUUUAACCCACGGGUACCUCCUCCACCCAUUACAGUCCCUCCUCCACCCCUCCCAACACACCCUGUAGUACCUCCGCCAACUAUUUGUCCAACCUUAUCUGCAAGGCCCAUUAUUCCCCCAUCAGUACCUCCCCCAGGGGGCCCACCCAUACCAAUUCCCCCUCCUUCUAUCCCUCCAUCUUUCAGUGGUGCAUCGGGAUUUUACAACCCAAGGGCUGUACCUCAGUUCUCCAGUAGUGGUUAUGCAAAUAGUGGAAGCUAUGGCUACCAGAAACAAGAACAGAAGAAGCAUUGGUCAUCUGUGAUCAUUGACGAGGUUUAUAGGAACAUUUGUGGUGAGCUGGAAACUGUUGUCAAGCGAGACAUCUUUAAGAAACUUGUUCAGGCUUCGGCAUUCAAAGCUUUGGAAUCUUGGUGGGAUAACCAAUCCAAACCUAAGGUGAGAUGACUAAGUUUUAUAAUAUAUUGAAAUUAAAUUAUUCUUCCAAGCCUUACAUGUACUUGAGUUAUCACAAAGUAUUUCCUUGGAAAAGUGUCACAUUUUAUUAGACCCAAACUGUGGAAACAUGUUUUUUACACACGAUUAAUUAGUCUUUUUUCCGUUUAAUUUAUUUUCGAGUAAAUACUGUAUUCAAGUUAUUUGGUAGUUCAAUUUUAUUUCUUUUCAAGUCACAGCAUGCAAAGAAAGUAGUGUCUGAUAGCCCCGGGCUAGUGAAUUUUGCUCUUAGCUUGCCUGAUGGGCAGUGAAUUUUUUUAAGAAUUCAAAUUACAGAAGAACUGUGUAAUCAAACGUGCUCCUCAAAAAGCUUUUGGGGCUAGUUAAAGUGAUGUUUGGGCUAGUACAUGCUAGCUACAGCUAGCCCAAAUGGUAAGCUGUAAAACUGACGUUCUUUUCACCCUGUGUCAUCCUGUUUUUAGUUUAUAGUAAAUCUCUAGUAGUAGUUCUUUUGUUAUUUGGCCACUCUAACAGCAAAAGAUUUCUCCUACCAUCUCAUUAUUAUUACUUUAUUUUAACCCCACAGACUACACCAAUGUCGACUACAAGUUCUUCCAGGAGCGUUUCCAUGGGUACACACCCAACGUCCACCGUUGGCCUGCCAUCCAACUCUGGUACUGACCCAUCUGCAAUUGGACCCAGUCCUUUUGACAGAUCUCACAGCAUGCUACUUGGGUUACGUGCAUCACUUCCAAAACUACCAUCUUUCAAAGUGAAACGACCACCACAGCCUCCCAAAACUGAGCAGCAGAGUUUCUCUUCUCGAAAACGCAGCAACACAGAAUCAUCAGACUUGGAAAGGGAUCCCAAGAAACAGAUGGUAGAAGGAACUGACCUUGGAAUUGAGACAGACUUGGAGAGCAGCUCUUCCUCAAACAAGGCUCCACGUGCUUUUAGCAGGAUGGAAGGAGAGCGUAGUCACUCACCAUGGCAGCAACUUGAUGAAAGUAUGGAUGCAGCUCCUCGAGCUACAAUAGUGCGGAGUACUGAAGGUAAAAUUGAUGAAUCACUGAUAGUUGCUUUGGAGUUUGUUUAGGAAAAACCAGAAAAAAUUUAAACAAAGACCCUUCUUCUUUUUUGCUGUUUAAGCAUACUGGUAUGCACUUGCUUUAUGCAGCAAAAAUAGGGUCACUGUCACUUCUAAAAUUCAAGAAAGUAAGAAAAUUCAUGAUAGUUUUUAUUAUUUUUUUAUUACCAGGGAGACUGUAAUCAUGCAAACUUCUUUUGAGUUUUUUUUGCCACAAUGAUCAGGCACUUCUAAAACACUCAGUAGUCAGUUUAUUACAAUGGGUUUUGGUUUUUUUUUUUGCAUUUCUAAACCAUGAGUGUGAUUUGUUUUGUCGACAGGCGAAGAACGGCGGCCCAGUACAGGCUCAUCCCUUUACCACAAGGUAUAUUCAAGCAGUAGCAGUGAAUCAGGGAGCGAUGGAAGUGAUUCGGAAGAGGAGGAGGAAGAGGAGGAAGGAGAGAGCGAAGAAGGAAGCGAAGAAGAAAGUGAAAGCAGUGAAUCUGAGGAGGAAAGCGCUUCUGAAAGUGAGGAGGAGGAUGUACCCAGUGAGAGUAAAGAAGAUGCUGAAUUGGCAAACACUGAAAUGGAAAUUAAAGAGGAUAUUGAAAGAAAUCAGGAGAUCACCCCAAUGGUCAUGGAAUCAGAACAAGGUACAGCGAAUUUUCAUAUAUCAUAUGAUCAACUUGAUUAACACGGGAACAAUAUUAUGUAACAGGGUUCACAUUAAGUGCCAGCAAGCCGCUAAAAAAACCCAGCUACUUCAACUUUUGAGUGUCCUACUCUUUGGGAUAAAAAGGUAAGGUGAGAGAGCAAGUGCCUGAAAUUGACUUCAGCAAUCGACUACCAAGCUGUCUACUUUUAUAUCCCAGCUGUCUUCUUUAAACUUAAUAAGAACCCUGUAAUCAUACUUUGCUUUGCUUAUAGUUGUAGGAGUGCUCAAUGCAUGUAAAUGCAGCUUUAAAUACAAAUUUGAAGAUAAAAGAUUAUAAAAGAGAGUUGCAUAAGAGUUGUUUGCUGAAAUGAGUGCUUUCAUUACUGGCAAUUUCAAUGCAAGCACUGAUUGUAGAAUGAACUAGACAAAGACAUAAAACAUUUAUACCACUCAAGGUAUAGCCAUGUGCAGUAUGAAGAAAUUCAAGGGCAUUUUAUAACUGGGAAGUGCUUCCCAGCUUUAAAAGACAUUGCUACUCAAGACACCAACUUCUCAACAUGAAACUGAAUGCUUCAGAUGACAUUUNGAGUUGCAUAAGAGUUGUUUGCUGAAAUGAGUGCUUUCAUUACUGGCAAUUUCAAUGCAAGCACUGAUUGUAGAAUGAACUAGACAAAGACAUAAAACAUUUAUACCACUCAAGGUAUAGCCAUGUGCAGUAUGAAGAAAUUCAAGGGCAUUUUAUAACUGGGAAGUGCUUCCCAGCUUUAAAAGACAUUGCUACUCAAGACACCAACUUCUCAACAUGAAACUGAAUGCUUCAGAUGACAUUUCCCUGCAACUGGCUAUGUGCCUUAGGACAAUGGAUUUAUUCAAAACUGAUAAACCUUCUUUGGUUUUUCGUUCUGCCUGGGAAAAAUAAUGUUAAUUUGGUGCAUAUUUUGUUGAACUGGAAUUUGAAUGAUAAUAUUUUAAAACCAAAACCUUCAAAGUAUCUCAGUUUGACUUGUGUCAUGCCAUAGACAGCAAUCAGUCUCUAACCCUUUCGAUUUUUAAACUGACAGCACUGAAUCUCAAGGAAAUAACAACAACAAUCUUUUAUUGACUCACACACAGAAUUAUUACAAGAAAAAUGUUAUAUACAUAACAAAUUUACAGUGGGAUAACUAAAAAUGGUAAUUAAAAGUUACUUGCCCAGCAAAAAAAAUUACUUGUCCUGGACUGGCGGACAGGACUUUUUUUGAGCCCUAAAACAGUAUGAGGUCAAUUUAGAGUGUAUAGUGAUUAACGCAAUUUUGUUCUUACAGAUUCUUUACCAAAGUCAUUUACUCCAGUGUCAGUACAAGAUUUGCCCAGUUCCAAAUGGAAUGAAAGUGUGUUUUCUAGUAAUAAGGAACUUGAGAGGACAGUUGAAACCAAAACUGUGUCACAGACGACUAAUUGUAAAGUGGAACAAGUUGCACAUAUGGAGCCAUUUCAUUCUUUCCAUAUUGCUAACAUUGUUCCUGAUUUGUUUAAAAACCAUGAUGAUUCUUCUGAUAGAGCUGAACUUACUGAAGACGAGAGUGAUUCGACUCAAAAUGAAACAGAAAUAGUGCACAAAAGUGAUGAAACUAGGACUGGAAUGGAUCUCCAAGGUCUUAAUCAGUACGGUGGUCAUGGUGAGAGCAAUCACAGCUCCUCAGUGAUAAAAGUGGAAGAACCUUUAGAGAAAAAAGACAUUAAAUCUCCUUUGCGUCCUCCUGAGUUUGGUUCCCAGGAUAAAGAGAACAUUCAACCUUCCUCUCUUAAGUUUAUGCCAGAAGAAAAGUCAGUGGAGAAAAUGGACCAAGAUGAUGACGUUUUUGAAGAUCGAAGGCCCCUCUUGUCGCCUAACAAGCCUUUAGCAGUGUCACUUGUAGAACUGGAUCAUUCAUAUGGCCUGACUAUUCCAGAACCCAUGUUAGCACAGGAGGAAGAAACUAAAUCUUUUGAUGAGCCACUCCACCCUGGUAACAGAGACUUGACUGAGUCACCCCUCCCUGGGCAAAGAGAGUUGGCUGAAUAUCCUGUAGUUGAUAUAGUGACUGUUGACUCUGUACAGCCCAGGCGCCCUGUUCCUGACCUCAGUCUUCCUAAGCCCCAGUUUCCUGUACGGUCAUUUGAGGCUGAUGAUGAACUGGCCUAUGAGUUUCUUAGGUUGGGUAUUGAUGCCGAGGAUUGUCAUUACAUGAAAGUUGGCUUUGAGCAGCUUCAGCAAGUUGGGUCUCAGUCAGUUUUGGAUGCCCACUGGAGCAGUCAUCCUGAUAUCCUUUUCAUACAAUCAUUUAGACACAUUUAUGACCUGCACUAAGUACCUGUCAGAGAGUGAUGUCUGAUGAUGAUGUCUAAACAGACUCAAAUAAAGGGCGUAAAGAAAGGCAGGGACCAACUCUAGAUGUCUGUCUUACAGCGGUGUCCGUUAAGAAAGAGUUGACUGUAGUAUGUCUUACAGUCAACUCUCCCUAAGAUGGAUGCCUUUGGGACGAGUAUAAAGUAACUUUUUAAGAGUGAUGUGCAUCCUUUAGAGACUUAAUACUGGUCCCAAAGGCAUCCAUCUUAGAGAGAGUUGAUUCUAAGACAUAAUACAGUCAACUCUCUCAUAACAGACACCUCUUUGAGACGGACACCUAGAGUUGGUCCCUGCCUUUCUUUACUUCCUUUAUUUAAGUAACUGUCUAAGAGUGAUGUGCAUCCUAUAGAGACUUAAUACUGGUCCCAAAGGCAUCCAUCUUAGAGAGAGUUGAUUCUAAGACAUAAUACAGUCAACUCUCUCAUAACAGACACCUCUUUGAGACGGACACCUAGAGUUGGUCCCUGCCUUUCUUUACUUCCUUUAUUUAAGUAACUGUCUAAGAGUGAUGUGCAUCCUAUAGAGACUUAAUACUGGUCCCAAAGGCAUCCAUCUUAGAGAGAGUUGAUUCUAAGACAUAAUACAGUCAACUCUCUCAUAACAGACACCUCUUUGAGACGGACAUCUAGAGUUGGUCCCUGCCUUUCUUUACUUCCUUUAUUUAAGUAACUGUCUAAGAGUGAUGUGCAUCCUAUAGAGACUUAAUACUGGUCCCAAAGGCAUCCAUCUUAGAGAGAGUUGAUUCUAAGACAUAAUGCAGUCAACUCUCUCAUAACAGACACCUCUUUGAGACGGACACCUAGAGUUGGUCCUGGCCUUUCUUUACUCCCUUUAGUUAAGUAACUGUCUAAGAGUGAUGUGGAUCCUAUAGAGACUUAAUACUGGUCCCAAAGGCGUCCAUCUUAGAGAGAGUUGAUUCUAAGACGUAAUACAGUAAACUCUCCCUUAACAGACACCUCUGUAAGACGGACACCUUGAGUUGGUCCUUGCCUUUCUUUACUCCCUUUAAGUAAGUUUUUAAUAGUGAUGUGCAUCCUAUAGAAACUCAAAUAAAGGGAGUAAAGAAAGGCAGGGACCAACUCAAGGUGUCCAUCUUACCAAGGUGUCCAUCUUAUAGCGGUGUCCGUUAAGAGAGAGUCGACUGUAUAUAAGAUGAUUAAAGCCAUAGUUGCCCAUCUAACCUUGGACAUCUAAUUCACACCUGUCAUCAUCUUCUUACUUGUAACUAAGUCAUUCCAAGCCAUUUAGGCAAUAUAACGUGAGCAAGUUUAAGACUGAUCUCCAUACAUUUUCUUAAAAAAUGUGUUGCGAGAAUUUGUUUGAAGAUCAAAGCAUUUUCUCUUUGGUGAUCACUUUGUUAAUAUUCAUAACCUAAUCUCUUGAUUGUGGUGUGAAAUUGUUAGGAGAAAACCGAUGUCGGUCACCUUUAGGAUUUCCAAGGGUUAAAUACUGUGGAUUAUUGUCUUUAACUAUUAUCACUAACGGCCCAACCUGCGCCAAAGUCACGACGUAAACAAAAAACAGAGCAGGGUGUGCGUGUACAUCUAACAGGAUGUGCCCGUUCUGAAGGAUUUUACAAAAUUGACAUCAAGGAAAAAGCCAAGUACCUGCAAGCUCAGCGGCGACAGCUUCAGUGCCAGGCCAACAUUACUGAGAAAGAACAGGUACAAUGUAGUCUGCUAUACAGCCGUUUUUAGUGUCGUCACGCAACGUUCCUCCCCGUGACGACACUAAAAACGGCUGUGUAGCAGAGCUACGUCACGAAAUCUAUCAAAAUUUAAACAGUAGGAACUGUCGUAAAACUGAGUGAAACAUGAAAAUAAGCGCUCAAAACGUUAAACAUAGGGGCUUAUAACACAGCAAAUACAACAGAAAGCACGAAUGGACAGUAAUAGAGAAGAUUAAAUCAGAUUGCAAUUUGGUGACUUGAAACCUUUUUAGCCUAACAGUUUGUAAGGUUUGAUGUAAUGUUUUGGAGACCUAUUUGUUUGACACGAAAGUGUAAUUUUUACUUUACAAGUAAUUUUCUCGUCAACGUCACUGAGUUACAUAGCGAAAAAGGGCGCGUAAUUGGCAAUGUUAACCCUUUGAACCCUAAGAUCAAAAUUUGAAUUCUCAUUUGUCGCCCCUAUUCAUUCCUACAGAAGUAGUAGGGAGGAGGGAGAGGUUUCUAGUUUUCUAGACUCUUCGCGCCUUGAGAAACCGAUUUUGAGAAAGAAACCCGAAUGUUUAGCUGUCUAAAGUCCAUUGCUUACAUGUACAAUGUUUAAUUUCAGAAAACGGAUGGUAACAAGGCCAAGCAGCAAUCUCGAGAGCACAGAGCAAUUCAAAGAAGACUUCAGUCAGCUGUGUGUAACGAGGAAUUUGGCGACUUACUCAAAUUCAAUCAGCUAAGGGUGAGAAGUGUUUUCCUUUACACAUACAAUGCCAGUAGUCUUGAUUUAGGUUUUGAUUCCACGGGACACACUUGGAACGAAUAGAUUCGUGUUGCUGUUAAAACGUUGUUUGAAAUUACCGGUAUUCUAGUUUAUUAACUAUGUGGCCUAUUAACCAUUCGACAACAAUUUUUCAUGGUCUUUACCAUAGAAUUGACGUCAAAAUGUUUACAAAUCUGGCGAGUGCUUUCACGUCAUUUUUAUGGUCGAUAAGAGUAUAGAGCAUGGAAAAGUGUUGCAUAUUUGUUUUUUGCAAUGACAUUGACAGUUUUUGACGUCCAUUUCCGGUGAAGUUUCUUGAAAAAUUGCGUGCGAGAGAAAGUUAAAAAGAAUUUACGCCACGUCAUUUCCAUAGUCUAUGAGACUAUGCUCUGAUAGACCAUAGCUCUCGGCCAAUCAGCGACCGAAAAAUCCCUCUGUUUUAAUAAAAAAGAAAAAGAAUUGGAAAUCCAUCACAGACCUAGAAGGCAAAUACCCGAGUAUAGUAUAGCACCUCCCAGACAUGUAAUGCUUCAAGAUGUUUCUUCUUCUCAGUGCAUGCGUCUUGUCUUGUUAUUCUGCAGGUUCGUAAGAAACAGCUUCGAUUUGCCAAGUCAGGUAUUCACGACUGGGGAUUGUUCGCACAGGAAUCAAUAGCAGCGGAUGAAAUGGUGACCGAAUAUGUUGGAGAGAUCAUCAGACAGCCUAUAGCGGAUAUCCGUGAACGGCGUUAUGAGGAAAUGGGUAUUGGUUCCAGUUACUUGUUUCGAGUGGAUCAGGACACGAUUAUCGAUGCAACUACAAAAGGAAACCUGGCGCGGUUUAUAAAUCACUGCUGUGAUGUAAGUAAUUAGAGACCUUUAGGAAGAGUUCGACUGCGAGGAGGAGUUUUAAAGGGUUUUCGUGUGUUCUCAAAAAUUAGACACCCAGGAAAGCUUCUUUGUACUUUUUUUCACCAGAAAGUUUAGCUCGGUUAUUCUCAUUGCAGAAGAUUAAGCCCUUUUCCGAUCACAAAAUGAUCAAACCUCUCACAUUUGAUCGAAAUAACUUGUUUCCGCGGCGCCCCUACGACAUUAGGCUGAUUUAGCAACAGAACGGGAACGUCAGUUGACGAUGACGAGCGCAAAUCAAACAACUGGCUUGACCAAUGGCAGAGCGGCAAAUUGAGUACCAGAAGCCAUGUUUAGUCCUUUCCGCGCGCUUUCCUUUCGUCAACUGACAUUCUCGUCCUGUUGCUUAAUCAGCCUAUUUUCGCUAACACCCGUGGUAGAAUAACGACGACUAUCACGUUUUCCCGCCAAAGUAUCGCUAGUCCACUUCCUGGUAUUGAGAAGACCUCGUCCUCGUAUUUCUUGUUCUCGUCAUCGAAUCUAAAAGUCUCUCUCCUAUUUUUUUUUUGCUCAGUUUUUCUAUCCUAUCAGUACUAAAGUUCUUCAGUUCUAUUCAAACCAAACCGUAAAGGGUAUUUCAAAAUCGCUGUAUACUAUUGUUUACUUACCCUAGCCUGAUUUAUCUGUUUAAUGCCCAGCACCUUGGGUUAAUCCAAUGUUCUCUUUUUAUUACUCUGCGAACAAGCAAAGCCAGACGAAAAGUCACGUCCGGCGCGAUAGGCAGAGUCACGCGCGAGGGAGGGACUUCCGACCCUUGCGAUUUUUCUCGCGUUUGUGAUUUAAACGUAUUCUUUUAUCUCUUUCGGCAGCCCAACUGCUAUGCCAAGAUCGUCACGUUAGAAAAUGAAAAGAAAAUAGUCAUCUACUCCAAGAGGGACAUUCAAGUGAACGAAGAAAUUACCUACGAUUAUAAAUUCCCCAUCGAGGACGAGAAAAUACCCUGUUUAUGUGGUGCGCCACAGUGUAGAGGCACUUUGAACUAA